AAUGAAAAUGUAUACUAUCUAUCUGAUGGGUCCAGCGACACCGAUGCCUUGACGCAUGCAUCGGGCUCACAGAGCAAUCCACGUGUCGGUGCGUGUGCUGCUUCAUUGCAUCACGUGAUCGACACGUGAACUGCACCGGCGCAGUCUAGACUGCAUCGGCUGUGUCGACACAGUCCAGGCUGCGCCACUCAGUCCAGGGGGCAUCGACUCAGUUCAGGGGGCGUUGACGCAGCAAAAGCCCGCCACACAGUGUUUAUAAGGAAGUGCGUCUAGCGACACGAUGCCACCUGCCGAAACAAGGCAGACCUCACUCUCGCUCGCUUGUCGAAGUUCAUGGCACAGACUUCGUGCCUUGCCAAUUAUGGAGCAGAGACGCAAAUCAUCUACCGUGUGGGACCAUUUUGAACUACUGGAGAAUAAGGUGAAAUGUCGAAUUUGCCGGGUCGAAUUGUCAUAUGCCAACAAAAGCACCUCCACCAUGCUGAGGCAUUAUCGGGCCAAGCAUGAGAAUGAAGUUCGCGAUACACCCAGUAUUACGCCAGCUUCCAGGAAGCAGCUGGUUGAUCAGGCACUGCUGAACUUCAUUAUCAAGGACUGCCAGCCCCUCAGCAUUGUGGAGAGUGAAGGGUUCAAGGAACUGAUUCAGACCAUCAAGAAAAUGGUGGCCGACAAAUACAAGGAGGAACGGGAAAAAGUGAAAACGGAAGUACAGCAAGCUGUGGCAAAUCACACUGCUGACAAUUUGGCUCAGGUCAAAAGGGGCAUGAUGGAGGACUGGGCCAUAACCAACAAAGUGUCUUGUGGCCUGUGGAGUCAUCUGGAUGAUGAGGUGGGGAGACUGGGAAGAGGUGGUGCAACAGCAGAUGCAAUAUCUGAGGUCCAGCGAUACCUGGCACAGGGGAAUAUUGCACGUGACCGGGACCCGCUGUUGUACUGGAAGGACCAACACACUUCUUUCCCAAACCUCUCCCACCUUGCAAAGGAGUUCCUUUGUACGCCAGCCUCAUCCGUCCGUCCCUUGUGAGCGUGUGUUCUCCACAGCAGGGGAAAUUGCUUGUAAAAAACGCAACAGACUGAAAUUUAAAACAUUGGAGC